GUGCGGAGCUUUUUCUCCCGUAACUCCAUGAUCAUUGGCAAGUGACUCGGGCUAGCAGUGACGGGGAGGAGGGGGCGCCGAGGCUGCCUCCCCCGCAUCAUUAGCUUGCUGACUUCAGCGGGGGCAACGUGCUGUUUUACCAAAAGGACAAAAACACGGACAUUACCCCGAGACGCCGAAAACAAGACAAUAUUCUCCAUUCACCCGUUUUUUUGCCCCCGCACUCCGGAGAGGUCGAGACGAAAGGGCGGAACACGAGGCAGACGAUCUGAGAUCAUGGAGGUCCACUACAACCAGGACCCCGAGCCGGCCGCGAUGCUGAAGAACGGACUCAAGGACGGGAAGGAGAGCAAGGACUCGCAGGGCAAGAUCUCCAAAACCUUCCUGAAGGAGCCCCCAGAGUCCUUCUCCCCAUCCAGUGGUACCGACGCCUGUGAGAAGAACCGCUCGAGCACCGGGGACCCCGACUACUGCAGGCGCAUAUUAGUGCGAGAUGCCAAAGGGUCGAUCCGAGAGAUUAUUCUGCCGAAAGGUCUGGACCUGGACCGGCCCAAGCGCACCAGGACCUCCUUCACGGCCGAGCAGCUCUACAGGCUGGAGAUGGAGUUCCAACGCUGCCAGUACGUGGUGGGGAGGGAGCGGACCGAGCUCGCACGACAGCUCAACCUGUCAGAAACUCAGGUAAAGGUGUGGUUUCAGAACCGGCGCACCAAGCAGAAGAAGGACCAGGGCAAGGACACGGAGCUGCGGUCGGUGGUGUCGGAGACGGCGGCCACAUGCAGCGUCCUGCGUCUGCUAGAACAGGGCCGGCUGCUGACCAACCCGGGGCUGCUGCCGUCGCACUGCGGCUCCGCGCUGCGCGGACCCUCCAUGGGCCUGGGGUCGGGGUCGGGGUCGGGGUCGGGGUCGGGGUCAGCGUCUCCACGGCAACCGGCGGCAGCGGGUCCGGCGGGUCCAGCGGGUCCAGCUCCGGGUCCAGCAAGCUCGCCCCCCGGGGGGCACCACCCGCACCACCCCGCGCACCCCCACCCCGGCAUCUUCAGUUUCCCCAUGCCCUCUCUGCUGGGCACGGUGGCCGGACGCAUCUCCUCCACGCCGCUGGCCAUGGCCGGCUCGCUGGCCGGCAACCUGCAGGAACUCUCCGCCCGCUACCUGAGCUCCUCCGCGUUCGAACCCUACUCCCGGACCAACGGCAAAGAGCCGCUGGACAAGAAGGCUCUGGAAUGAUGCGGAAUCAUUCUUAAUGUCGCUGUAUUGUUUUUUUUAUGAUUAUUAUGGGCUGUUUUUUGAAGUUAAGGGGUGGGUGUGGUUUUUUUUCUAUCUCUCUCUGUGAAUCCCACUUCUGUGUCCUGUUUGUGAUGUGAUUGUCAUUCUUGUACUCCUCUCUUUGCACACACACAUAGCAAUGCCCGUCUGACGGACACACACACACACACAUGCACACACACACACCACAUGCACACACACGCACGCACGCACGCACACACACACACACACACACACACACUCAAGCUACAAGCUCCGCUGAUUUGUCGUCAAUAGAACCGGGUGGUUUUGCACUGAAAUCAGCUUUACCUCCUGAUGUGAUGUUCACGGACCCUGGCAUGAACCUACGGGUCUGGCCCGGGACUGGCCAUUCUGUCCUAGAUUAGGAACACAACCGUUCCCCGGUCAGCUGCCGUCUCAAUCCAUUCAGGGGGGUCAGCUGCGUUUUAGCCAUUCCACCUGAACACACACACAGUCUUCGUGCCUCCUCCACCUCCUGAGGAAGGAGCGGUCCAUGGUGAUGACGUUGAAAACACACCGAGCGGACGAGAGACUACUCAUUUCAUUGAGCCCUCUGUACACAGACACAUGACUGAGGUUCUGCAGUGUAUUGAUGUGAUAUCACUAUGACUAUUUGGUUUGGAAAAUCGUCACAAAAAAUGAGUAUUAAUGGAUACUAUGGCAGUCUAGAGGAGGUAACACAUAUGAAAUGUGUUGACUAUUUCAGUACGGUGUCAAAGUAGGAAUAAAAACUGACAGUAAACAGCAUUUGAAUGUUGACAAAUUUACUGAACAGAUUGCAAUAUUACCAUGACUUAAACUUAUAAAAAAAAAUGUUUUGUUUCCUAGUUUGAAGUGAUUUUAAUAUUUUGGACAGAAACCAAACAAAAGCUCAUGGAAGAUGAACUGUUCUGUGUCUAUUGUCUGCAAAAUGCUUUUCUCAUCUGGGGUCCUGGCCAUUGUCCGUUCUUCAUGUCCAGUCCGGAGCGUGCGAGCCUCCGUGUUUUUAAAUAUGCAGUAGUCCUCCUCUCUCUCAAAUGGUCGGUGUGGUGUCCAUGUGCUCAGGACCCACGGUCCCCUCGAUGCGGCCGAAGGCAAAGCAAUCCAGGAGCACUGUGGAGUUGGGAGAGAUGUGGCGGACAGCACUGCUCACGGACUCUUACGGCUUACGGACGCAUCUCAUUUUAUCGUGAAAUGACCAGUGCUUCAGCGGCACCCGUGUGGAAGGUCUGAAACAUUUCUUUCCUUCUGGACAUCCC